UUACCUUUACCCCUAUCAUUCAAAGCACCCCAGGGUGCCCCGGUACUCUGGUUGAGAACCACUGUCUAAAACCAUUGUUCUACCCACCGGGCUGCCGGACUAUCACCUGCAGCGACCCCAAACCCAACUUUGGGAGGUAUCUCCUGAAGAGCGUCCCCAAGAACCAGCACCUGUGCUUUGAGGGCUUCAUUGUCACCCCCGGAGAGGAUCUGUGUGCCGUUCCCAAAGGCUCCAUGGACUUGGUCAUGCACACGGUGGACCUGUGCUUGGUGACCAACGUCACGGCCAUCCUCAGCCAUAGCUGUCAACCUUCCCUUUUUUGUGGGAAAUUCCCUUAUUCCAGCGCUGUUUCCCACUGCUUCCCGCUUCUUAGAUAUCCCGUAGACUGUCCCCGGGACAGGUGAGGCUGCUGAUCCCUUAUUUUCAAAUCUGAAAGUUGACAGCUAUGUCCUCAGUGAAGUCCAAAGAGUGCUCAGACCAGCGAGUGGGAGGCACAGGGAGGCAUAUUUGAGCCCCACAUCCCAAGUUGAUGGGCAUUGCCAUUCAAACGGUGUGUGCGUAUAGCGAUGAGGAGACAUCAGCAAAAGGGAGGAAGCUCAUGCAGAAGCUAAGGCAGCUUUCAGUCUAAAUAAUGUAUCCUUGCGAGAUGCCUGUGCCACAAGAUGAACACACUAGGAUGAAUAAAGAACCAUUGGUUUAUUGCAUGAAAUAAAAGAGGAAGAGUAUAAAGGGGCUGAUUCAGGCAGCAACAUUACAGAUGUGCAAGCAGCUGUGAGAAUUUGCCACAGUACAAGAUCUUUGAGGACUGGAAGCAACAGAUAAUAACAAGCCCCACCUGCUAACAUGGAAGCAACAUGCCUCGUUGUCCUGCUCAGGUUAUGCGUCCAGAUAUUAGCCUUCCCUGCUUACUUGCUGUGGUAUCUGGGUAUCUGGGAACCCCUUUGCAAGAAGUUAUUCCCCUACUUCAUGUCUGUGAUGUCAAUCAGUUAUAAUAAGCAGAUGUCCGACAAGAAAAGGGAAAUGUUCAGCAACCUGAAAGACUUUGCCAGUCCUACGGGGGCCCUCACACUGCUGGAGAUUGGCACAGGAACUGGCUCCAACUUUCAGUUCUACCCCGUGGGAUGCAAAAUCAUAUGCACUGAUCCGAACCCCAACUUCCAGAAGUUUCUCAACAAGAGCCUGGCUGAAAAUCCACACGUGCAGGUGGAACGCUGUUUGGUGGCUCCGGCUGAGGACCUGCACCAGGUACCAGCUGCAUCGGUGGAUGUGGUGGUUUCAACGCUGGUGCUAUGCUCUGUGAAGAGCCCAGAGCAAGUUAUGAAAGAAGUCCUACGGGUGCUGAGACCGGGUGGCGCUUUCUACUUCCUAGAACACGUUGCAGGUGCUCCUUCCAGCUGGACUCUUUUCUGGCAGCAGAUCUAUGAUCCAGUUUGGAUAUGUCUGUUUGACGGGUGCCACUUGGCCAGAGAAACCUGGAACGACCUGGAAAAAGCUGGCUUCUCAGAGCUGAAGCUGCAACACAUACAUGUCCCUUUAAAAUGGCAACCUAAUAAGCCGCAUAUCAUAGGUUAUGCUGUAAAGUAGCUUGGAAAUAAAUUACUGAACAAAAUCUCCAUGCAGGUGUCUCUGGGUUGGGGUGUAGAACCUAACCAUAAGAAUUAUAGGACAACCCAUCACUAUGUCACCUAUGGCCUGUGAACCUCUUGUGCAAUCUAUAAUUGGAUGCACACACAUGUAUGUUAUCGCCAAUCCAUUUUUUAUUUCCACUUGACAGACUGUCCAGCUACCUUCACUUUCCACAAUCCAGCUGCUCCCAUGCAGAUGUGAAUGUUGCCAUAACACAUAGCUUGGGCUUGCCUCAUUCACUUACACGUGAGCAUGCAUGAACUACCAUAACUAUUCUCCCUGGAAGCAUCUGGUCCCCAUGGAGGU